UAUCCCCAAGUUCAAAAUUUAAGAAACCCAGGUGACGUACCUAGCCUGCUUUAUAUUUCACCUACAAACAUUCAUCAAAAGCUUAUAUUGUAAUCAUGAGCGCCAUGCUAAUUGAUGUCGACUUUCUUGUUCAGAUACUUGUGGCGUUUCUUUGUUUUCUCCCUCUCUACCUGAUCUGGAGUUGGAAGAGAACAAUUACUCCAGUCACGAACUGGCCUCUUGUUGGAAUGCUGCCUGGACUUCUUUCUAAGUUAUCAAAUAUCCAUGAAUAUGCAACCCAGGUUUUGAAACAAAAUGGUGGUACUUUUGAGUUCAAAGGGCCAUGGUUUGCUAACAUGGACUUUUUGGUCACUUGUGACCCCAUGAAUGUGCGCUAUAUAUCGGCAAAAAACUUCACCAACUAUCCUAAGGGACCCGAGUUCAAGAAGCUUUUUGAGCCUUUUGGAGAUGGGAUUCUCAACUCUGACUCGGAGUUGUGGAAAUCCUAUAGAAAGUUGAUUCACUCGCUCAUUAAACACAGGAAGUUCCAGCUGUUUCAAGAGAGAUCUAUGCGGCAAAAGGUAUCGCAAGGCCUGUUCCCUGUCCUUGAGCAUGUGUCGAGACAAGAAACUAUAGUUGACUUGCAAAAUGUCUUUCAGCGGUUCACCUUUGAUAAUACCUGCCUUUUGGUGAUGGGUUUUGAUCCAAAGUGCCUCUCUGUUGAAUUACCCGAAGUUGAUUACAGAACGGCAUUUGACGAAGUAGAGGAGGCCAUAUUUUACCGACAUAUUGUGCCGAAAAGCAUUUGGAAGUUACAAAAAUGGCUUAACAUAGGAGAAGAGAAUAAGUUGAGAAGAGCCACGGAGAUCUUGGAUCGUUUCUUGUACCAGCACAUUUCAUCAAAGAAAGGAGAAUUUCUAAGACGCAGAACGUCCCAAAUGGAGCAAGUUGAGUAUGAGAAGGACGAGGACUUUGAUUUACUAACAGCUUGCAUGGCAGAACAAGAAGAAGAAGAAGUGAAAGGAGAAGUAGCACAGACGGAUGAUUAUAGAAGAUCUGACAGAUAUCUAAGAGACAUUGCAUUCAAUUUCAUGGCAGCUGGGAAAGAUACUGUAAACGCAGGUCUCACAUGGCUUUUCUGGCUUAUUGGCACACACCCUACAGUAGAAGAAAAGAUACUAGAAGAGAUCAAAGAAAAUUUGUUGGCCAAAGAUGAUGGAAAGUGGAGGCUUUUCAGCAUAGAAGAGCAAAGCAAACUAGUUUAUCUCCAUGCAGCCAUCUGCGAGGCUCUUCGGCUAUACCCGUCAGUACCUUUCAAUCACAGACUUUCUGUUGAACCAGACGUUCUUCCGAGCGGCCACCACGUUGUUGCGAACACAAAGAUUAUGGUGUCACUUUAUUCAAUGGGAAGUAUGGAAGGAAUAUGGGGAGAUGAUUGCUUGGAGUUCAAACCCGAGAGAUGGAUUUCUGAGAAAGGAGGAAUAGUGCACAUACCAUCUUACAAAUUCAUUGCAUUCAAUACAGGACCUAGGAGCUGCUUGGGUCAAGACCUAACUUUCUUUCAGAUGAAAACUAUUGUUCCUGCAAUUCUUUGGAAUUAUCGUAUUCAAGUGGUUGAAGGGCAUCCUAUUUCUCCAUGUCUCUCUGUCAUGCUGCAUAUGAAACAUGGCUUGAAGGUCAGGGUUUCCAAGAGAUCAUGAUGAUCAAGUACGUACGUACUAGUGUUGGACCAUGAGGAGGAGGAAUAUUAUUAUAAAUAAUUUUGUUAUCAUCUUCACACAUC